GAAAGAUGGAAAACAUAAGAAAAAAAGACACUGUGAAGAAAACAAUGAGCACGAACAACAACAAAGCCGCAAGUCACCCAAGAGGGAGGAAAAGGCAAGGGACCCUGGAUGCUGGCACCUCUCUGCAGAGCUGUCAGAGCAGUGUCUGGAGGAGAAACCCCGUCACGUCUGUGGCCAGGGCUCUCCAGAGCGCUUCACUGACCGCCCCGCAUCCAGGAUGAAGAGGAAGGCGCCUGACUCCAGCGAGAAGGCGUGCAUGCUGUGCCGCCGGGCAGAUGUCAGCGCUGAGGUCUGCGGGCCGACGCACAGGGAGCAGGGGCUGUGCGUCCACGAGUUCUGCCUGUAUCUCGCCAGCGGGCUGGAGCAGCGCAGGACCGAGCGGGAAGGGAUCUGCGGAUUCCUUCCUGCAGACAUCAAAAAAACAAUAAAGGCGGCAGCCCGGAAGAGCUGCUUUGCUUGCGGCGAGCAUGGCGCUGCGAUCGACUGCCAGGGGAAGGAUUGCAGCCGCAGCUUCCACCUCCCCUGCGCCUCCAGCAACGGCUGCGUCACGCAGUUUUUCAAGGCCUACAGGUCCUUCUGCUCGGAGCACCGCCCGGAGCAGGCGGUGCCGGUACGCCCAGACGAAGAAACCACCUGCAUCAUUUGCAUGGAGCGGGUGGACGAGAAGCUAUCGUUCGGCACUAUGGUGUGCCCAGCGUGCCGAGGGGCCUGGUUUCACCGGGGCUGCAUCCAGGGGCAGGCUAGCCGCGCUGGCCGGGAGUGCUUCCGGUGCCCCCAGUGCAAGAAUAAGAGAAAAUUCCUGCCGGAAAUGUUAAAAAUGGGGAUCUACGUCCUAUUCAGACCACCAGCCUGGGAGGAGACGGGGCAGUACGAGGAGCUCUACGAGAGGCACAGCCAGUGUGAUGCCGGCCAGUGCCUCUAUCGGGAGGGCAGGCAGCAGGCGCAGGAAAGCGGGCCGUGGGAGCUGCUCUUAUGCUGCUCGUGUGCGUCCAGAGGGACGCAUCGACACUGCUCGGCGGUGGGAGCAGCGGUGGAGGCCUGGGAAUGCGAUGGCUGUGCCGGCAUAGGCCCCGCCCCCAGCGCACCGCCAGAGCCGUCCGCUCCCAGCACCAGCAGCAAGCCAGGAGCAGAGGCGUCCUCCAGCUCUGCUGCCCCUGCCAGCUCAAAGCCCGACCUGGCCGGCUCCAUCACCAGCACCAGCAGCCAGGAUGAAUCCGAGGCAUCCUCCAGCUCGGCUACACCCGCGACCUCGGAGUCGGACCUGGUCAGCUCCCGAGCCGGCAGCCAGGAGGAAUCAGGGUCGUCUCCUGGCUCCCCGGCUCCCGAGAGCAGCCCCCAGGCAGGACGGCCAGGGCCAGAGUGAAGGCCAGGACGCUCCCGUCUGUUCCGCCGGCCGCAGCAUCCUUACAGGCGGCCCUGAACACCCCGCAGGACGAGCCGUGUGCCAGCCCCAAGCAGUGGCACCCCUACCCUACCCCUUGCAGAAUAAAAUUGCUACCUAACCUCAA